CUCUCCGCACAGACUACACGUGCGCUCCUUUGCGUUGGGCUAUGGAGCCAACUAGGAUUGGUGAAGGAUCGCGACAUUCACUCAACUGCUAGCUUGCCUGAUAUCGAAGCUGAGGAGGAGCUGCAGGAUGGGUGGGAUAGUAUUGUACUAGGGUAA